UUGUCUCCACCAAGCUUUCUUGGUUACACUCAGAGCGAGGAAGGAAAAUAAAACUUCUUUGUGGUGAUUCCACGGUUUCUACACAACCCCUGUAGUGUCCCCCUCCCCCCCAGUCAUAGGAGCUGUUUAUUUGAAAGAUCCUUAAAUAAUCCUAAUAUAGCCGACAGCCUUCUCUUUUUACAGCUGCUAUUUUUGGACAGACUAGUCACUAAGGGGAAAAAACAGCACAAAACCUCAGGAGCCUGUUUUUAUUCUGUCGGAAACACUUCUGUGAAACGUGAAAAAAAAAUCGUACGAAGGAAAAGUACAAGAAGGCCGUAGCGGGAAAAGUUUGGAUCCGCGGUGUCGCCUACGUGACAGAACUGACCAGCGAGCUACUGAACCCGCAGAGGAAUAUUAGUAUGGCCCGUCCUGCUACUCUUGAGCACUAUAAGGCUGGCAUGUUGCUGAGCGGAGUUGGAGAUGCUCUGGGUUACAGGAAUCAGCUGUGGGAAUACAACGAGUCCGGCCCAGCCAUCCAUCAGGAACUACAGGAGCUUGGAGGACUAAAGAACAUCACUGUUCAACUUCCUGAUUGGCCAGUCAGUGAUGAUACGGUCCUCCACCUGGCCACCGCUGAAGCUUUAGCCACAGGAAAAGAAGGAGAGGACCUGCUGCAUGAGGUGGCAUCUCGUUAUGUGGAGGGUAUGAAAGACAUGGAGGGGAGGAAACCAGGACCAUCAAGCAUCCUGGGUGUGUCUCAGUUAAGACCAGGCACUGAAGGGGGCUACAGAAUAGCUUACAACCCAGAAGGAACAGGAUGUGGCGCUGCUAUGAGAUCCAUGUGCAUUGGUUUGAGAUACCCUCGACCGGAGCAGCUCUCCUCUUUGGUCACCGUUGCCGUAGAGAGCGGCAGAAUGACCCACCCUCAUCCAACGGGAUUCCUUGGUGCGGUUGCUUCUGCGCUGUUCACAGCUUAUGCCAUCCAGCGCCGUCCAAUCACAACCUGGGGGCUGGGCUUAGUGAAGGAGGCUUGUCCAUUAGCAAAGGAAUUUGUAAGGUCAGCAGGAUACGCCAUUCCUGAGACAGAGAGAGACUGGGGAUACUUCACAGAGAAAUGGGAAUGGUAUCUUGAACUGAGGGGUUUGUCAUCAGGAACUGGCCCAGCAGUGUUUCCUGACCAAUAUGGACCAGCCAAACGUGACGAGGCAUAUAAGAGCUUCAGCCUCUCUGGAUGGGCUGGACGAAGUGGUCAUGAUGCACCAAUGAUAGCUCUGGACGCUCUCCUGGGGGCAGGGUCAAACUGGGAGGAGUUAAUGAGCCGUUCAGGUUUCCAUGGAGGAGACAGUGACAGCACGGCCGUCAUUGCGUGUUGUUGUUGGGGUCUGAUGUACGGGAUUGAGCGAGUGCCUGAGUCUAACUACACCAACCUGGAGUACAGGGACCGGCUGGAGAACAGUGCUGAGAAGCUUUACACACUGUCACACUAAAACCAUCUUGUCAUGUCAUCAUCUCUCCAGAUGAAAUGGCAAAUCGAUCACCUAAAAAAGAAAUGGACUUAAGUUUAGUUAGCUGGAUUUAGCAGCUAUGAUGCAUCUGCAGAAAUAGUACUAUGCUUUUGUUUUAACACCUUCUUAGUUUGCUAAAUGCAAUGUCUUAACUAUUACUUUGCUUUCUACCUUGUUUCAUGUAAACCAAGAAAAAGUAAAUUAUUUCUAAUGGUUAGCAAAGGAGCUACCUAGCGUUCACAGCUACUUUUGCAGUAUGUAAGGAUAUUAUAAUCUUAACUGGAUUGGGCUGAGGAUAGAAAGGAAAAACAAUGUCUUAAAUCAGAGCAGAAUUUUGGUAGUCACGUUAAAAUUGGAGGCCAGCUAGCUAAACUUGAUUACAUAUGCUGCCUAUCAGAUUUGCUGCAAUGUAGCAGUAUGCUAUCAGUAUGUGAAUAGAAACUUUUAAGAAAUCCUUUUGCUUGCUAGCUAACUGUAGCUGGGAAACCACAUCCCGUAUCUAUUAGUUUGUGUUAAAUAUAGUUGUAUGUGUAAGUGAUUACUGGUAUGUGUAAAAUGCCCUCUUUAAUACUUAUGUCAAAAAUAAUUAGCUAACUAAAAUGAGAAGCUAAUAUUAGGGCAGGAGCUUGUCGUUAGGGGGCGGCACGGUGGUGUAGUGGUUAGCGCUGUCGCGUCACAGCAAAAAGGUCCGGGUUCAAGCCCCGUGGCCGACGAGGGCCUUUCUGUGCUGAGUUUGCAUGUUCUCCCCGUGUCCGCGUGGGUUUCCUCCAGGUGCUCCGGUUUCCCCUACAGUCCAAAGACGUGCAGGUUAGGUUAACUGGUGACUCUAAAUUGACCGUAGGUGUGAAUGUGAAUGGUUGUCUGUGUCAGCCCUGUGAUGACCUGGCGACUUGUCCAGGGUGUACCCCGCCUUUCGCCCGUAGUCAGCUGGGAUAGGCUCCAGCUUGCCUGCGACCCUGUAGAACAGGAUAAAGCAGCUAGAGAUAAUGAGAUGAGCUUGUCGUUAGAGGCACAUGCUGUUCAGAGUGCAUGUGAGUGAAAGUCCGUUGCGCGUGCCAAUGCACGGGUGUAACAACCACUUUCCUUUCAUUGAACUAGUAAAUACAUAGUAAUAAGGUUAUGGUCAGGACAAGUGAAAAAUCUUGCUGCUUGUCUGACUGGACAAGUGGAUUAAGAAGUUAUUGUCAAGCCCUGGGGCUCUGAGAAACUUUAACAGGUCAUUCAUUGAUAGGAUCUCUGGAUGCAAUCUAAAAAAGGAUCAGUUUCAAAAGCAUGCAAAAUCUGACGUGCACCUGCAGGUAGGCCUAUUUAAUAUUGUUUAAUUUGGACUUGUGAACGUUUCAGUCUUGUCUCUAACAGUCUGCUUGGUGUACGUGGGUAACCUGUCACCAUUUCAGCAGAUGUGCAAGCCAGUCAUACAUGAAAAUAGUGUAAUUAAAUGUAUUAGAUCUAGAUCUAAAUAGUAUUUUAGAAUCACAGUCUACUGUAAUUGAUCAUGACUGUAAAUUGCCAAAUAGUGUAUUCCUUUGUAAUUUCAUUUUCAAAAUGUUUUAAUAAUUUUAAAAAAGUGUGUUUAUAUUAAUUUUGUAAUUGAUAAUUUUUGGGUCUGUGUUCAUGAUCACACAUACUAUAAAUUAAUAUGGUGAUAGUACAUUGCUCCAAAUCUACUCACCAUGCAACCCUAUGGGAAGAGGUCUAACCCUUCAACAAGUUCCUGAACUGUUUGCCUUCCAACAAAUUUUACAUGUUCAACUUGGAAAUAAAUUUUUAAAUUUUG